UAUAGCGGGAAAGGAAAAAGGGGAUGGGAAGAGUGAAAGCGAGAAAAGAUGAAAAGAGAGAGACGAUAAAGAUAGAAGGUAUCACUGCACUAGAGAGAGGAAAAAAAAUAAUAAAAAAAAAAAAGUAAAGGUAGAAAGGAGAGAAAGGAUAGAGAGAAUAGGAAAGAGGUAAAAAAGAAAUAGCAGGAUAUUCUAGUGUGGCGGCGCUUGUGCAGUGUAGAGAGCCGCCACGGCGGUGAUUCGAGCUUCUUAUCGGUCUCGAAAAGACCCGUAGGAAGAAGUAGGGAAAAUAAAUAGAAAAACCGAUCGUCGUCGGGCUGCGAUUAUGAGCGCGAAAUGAAGUAGCAUCGAUAAAGGAACGAAGCGCCGCGUGAUUCCACCUCCGCCGUGUCCAAGCGUGGCACAUCACGGACGUGUGGCUGAAGCGGCGCCAUAUAUAUACGGUAUAUAUCGUAUUCAUUCCUUAGCGAGUACGGCCAAGUACGGCGGUGGUGGCAGAUAGAAAAGGAGAAGAGAGUAGAACCGCGACUGUGGCGGCUGCUCCUGUGUAUUGGGUGGGGGCGAGAAAGAUAGCCGCGACGCGACUCUGAGAAAGAAGAGAGUAGAAAGCAAGUAGAAAGAGAAAGAUUCGUGGAUACGGCGGGGUGCUUUGCCUGCACCCGUGCGUGAAUCACGCUUCCGAGGCGCCCGGCUGUCCCCCGUCUUCAAGUAUACCCCAUCGUCGCGACAUUGACCUGUUCGAGGACGCCGUUCGUUCUUAACGAUACCAAGAGAAACGGAUUUUCUCCCUUCUUUCCCAUUUUGGAGCAACCUUUUAAGAGUGACACCCACGAGGUGGGAGGGGAGGCAUCUUGCUAUUCGUUCCGAUCCAUGUCUUCUACCGGUUUAUCUAAUAUCUUCCCUCUCAUCUACGAUACGUAAUUUAAUCGAGCGAAGAUUCACUGAAAAAAGGUCCUCACUUCAUCAAGGAAAAAAUCAUUUUUGUAAUAUGAUAGUAGUGUUAAAUGAGUCUUAGAACCAGUGUUAUUGCCAGCAAGAUUUCUAGUAUACUAAUAUCAGAAACGCAGCCACGAAAAAUAGACUGGCAACAAAGAGAAAGAAGCAGGUGCAAUAUGUCAGACGAAGAAGAUAAACCUCCUGCACCUCCUGUACGACUGACAUCUAAUAGAGGUGAAUCUGCACCAAAUUUGCCAGUGGAUAUGCGCCCACUACCUAAAGAACCAGAUUCAGAUGAACGUAAGAAAAAGACAUUGAAAGGCAAAAUGAAGGUGAAAGAAAAUAAAGAUAAACCAAAUAUCAGUUAUCCAACAAAUUUUGAACAUACAGUACAUGUUGGAUUUGAUGCUGUUACCGGUGAAUUUACGCUGCCACUGAAAGGAAUGCCAGAAGCUUGGGCAAGACUUCUCAUGUCCAGUAAUAUUAGUAAACAAGAACAAAAGAAAAACCCACAAGCAGUCUUGGAUGUUUUAAACUGGUAUGAUAGUAGCAGUAAAGAAACAAAAGGUUCUAAGUACAUGACUACAACUAAGAUGGUUGGAGUUGUAGAUAUCAUUCAAACUGCACACCCAGCUCCAAUAGAAAGAGCAAGUAGUCCGCGAAGUAUGGGUGUUACUGUUGGUACAGGUGUAGGUACUAUUCGUGGUCAGGCAAUGUCUCAGGCUUCAGGAAGUUCUCACUCUCAACAUUCAUUGAGCAGAGUAAGUAGCAGUAGUCCCAGUAGUACACCAACUGAUGCUUGUGCAACUAGUUCUGAACAAGAAGAUGAACCACCACCUCCGCCUAUUUCUGCUAGACCAGAACGUACAAAGUCAAUAUAUACAAAGCCUAUAGAAGAAGAACCACCUCCACCACUGGCAACUACACUGGGGUCACCUCAAAGGAAUGGAACACCACAACAACAACAACAUCAAUCACAGUUAGAUAGAAAUAAAAAUCAAGCAACACCGACAUCAACUACGACUGAUCAAACACGACCAGCACAAAGUGAUAAAGCAAGAAAAAAGAAAAUGUCGGAUGAUGAAAUACUAGAAAAGCUUAGGACAAUUGUAAGUGUGGGAGAUCCAAAUAGAAAAUAUACAAAAAUGGAAAAAAUAGGACAAGGUGCUUCAGGUACAGUGUACACAGCAAUUGAAACAUCAACAGGAAUGGAAGUUGCGAUAAAACAAAUGAAUCUUUCACAACAGCCGAAAAAAGAAUUGAUAAUAAAUGAAAUUUUAGUUAUGCGGGAGAAUAAACAUCCGAAUGUUGUAAAUUAUUUGGAUAGUUAUUUAGUAGGAGAAGAAUUAUGGGUAGUGAUGGAAUAUUUACCUGGCGGUAGUUUAACUGACGUCGUGACUGAAACUUGUAUGGAUGAGGGCCAAAUAGCUGCUGUAUGCAGAGAAGUUUUACAAGCAUUGGAGUUCCUUCAUUGUAAUCAGGUUAUACAUAGGGAUAUUAAGUCUGACAACAUCCUACUUGGUCUAGAUGGGGGUGUAAAGUUAACUGAUUUUGGGUUUUGUGCACAAAUUUCUCCAGAACAAAGUAAAAGAACUACAAUGGUUGGAACUCCAUAUUGGAUGGCACCUGAAGUAGUUACAAGAAAGCAAUAUGGUCCAAAGGUAGAUAUAUGGUCAUUGGGAAUAAUGGCUAUUGAAAUGAUAGAAGGAGAACCACCAUAUUUAAAUGAAAAUCCACUAAGAGCAUUGUAUUUAAUUGCAACAAAUGGAAAACCAGAAAUUAAAGAAAAGGAUAAAUUAUCUGGUAUUUUCCAAGAUUUCUUAGAUCAAUGUUUAGAAGUUGAAGUUGAAAAACGAUCUGCAGCUUCAGAGUUAUUAAAGCAUCCUUUUUUGAAGUUAGCAAGGCCACUAGCCUCCUUAACACCUUUAAUUAUGGCAGCAAAAGAGGCUGCUAAAGGUCAUUGAAAGAGUAGUGAAAGACUAUGGUCAAAAGUGACCAUAAAUAUGACUAUGUGAAAGAAUAACGAACCACCCUCCCAAAACGGAAACGGCACAAUAAUUCAAUAAUAUAUAUGUAAUAAAUAAACAUAUAUAAAUAUAUAUAUAUAUAUAUAAAUAUAUUAUAUAUAUAUAUAGAUCAUAAAUAGAUAGAACUUAUCCGAUACGUGAAGAGUAUCGAGAAAUGGUUUCAAAGUUUUUAAAUUGCUCGACUCUCGCAUGUUGUGAGGAGAAAAAGUUAAAUCAGAGAAACUGUGAACGAUCUGACGGCAGAGACCUUGUUUGCCUCGAUGAUGUGUAUUGAUUGCUAAAAAUUUCUAACGUCAAAUUAAGCAGAUGUUGAAAAAUGAAAGAAUGUAAGUUGACGUAAAUAUUGCCUGAAAAGCUUUUUUUAUCAACAUUCAUCAUCAAGGAUAGAUAAGUGUCUGUCAGUUAUUUUCUAAAGAUGUAAAAAUAGUAUUAUUGACUCUAAAGUUGAAGAUCAGAGUUAGCUACAAACACACAUUAUUUAUAGCAAGGAUCCUUAUUAGAUAAUACCAUAAACAAAUGUGAACAAGUACAUAAGACUUAUUCUAAUACAUUAUUAUGGUUUGACAAAAAAAAUUGUAGGAGAAAAGUAAAUUGGUCUUCAUGUCAGACUUAUAUUUUUCGAAUGAAGUUAUGAGGAGCAGAGCAAUAUGUUUUCAAUCUUUUUGUCUGUCAAUAUGACAUAGAUAUAUAUAUAAGCGAUAGCCUAACUUGUUUUAAACGUUCUCAAAAGUCACGUUCUUAUAAUCAGAUGUUAUUACGCAGAAUUAUGUUUUAUUAAACUAAAAAUGCCUUAACUAUUUUCUUUUAUCUUUAAUAUCACAAUCAUCGCAUUGUGUUAGUACAUAUAUAUCUAUUUCUACAUCUAUAU